AUGGACAAGAAAUUAUCCUUUAUUAGCUUAGCACCUCAUCUAAAAAAUUUGCACGUUUGUGGGAUUUAUCAAUUAAAUCCUCAUUCACCGAAGCUUCAUAAACUUUUUCAUAGUAUCUAUAUGAAAAUAAUUCUGAUCCUUCUUUUACUCUUCAUGGUGCAACAGAUUUUGAAAAUAUACCAAGUGCGCAACGACGCAAACAAAGUCAUGAAUACUAUGUUUUUAUUAUUGACACAUUCUGAUAGUAUUUACAAACAGAUGAUACUGUGGAUUAAAGCUGACAAAAUCGAAGAAAUUCUUGAAAUUAUGAAAGGUCCGAUAUUUAACCAAGACUCGACGCAUCACCAGGAGCACCUCUCUCAAACCGUGAUGCAGGCCCGAUUGCUCCUGCGGGCAUUCAACAACGCCGCUCUCUCUACCUGUCUCCUCUGGGUCCUCUACCCGGUUAUAUUGUAUGCACAAGGCAAGUCCGUUGAAUUUGCGAUAUGGUUGCCCUUUGACGCUAACACGAGCCCGAACUUCUAUAUAGUAGUGAUCUACGUAUGGAUACAGACGUCAUGGGUUGCUUUCAGUAAUACCACAAUGGACGCUUUUAUAUCGUUCUUUCUAGCUCAGUGCAAAACGCAACUGUCUAUUCUCAGACUGGAGCUAGAAAAUGUAGCUGAAAAAAGCAAAGAGGAAGCAUCACGUUUAUCAAGGCCUUUAUCGGUAGUGCUUCAGGAGCGGUUCACUAGGAUAAUGAUAUAUUACGAUGAAAUUAUUAAGUUUCAUGGAAAAGUACAAGAAGUUUUUGGUGGAGUUAUUUUCUACCUAUUUUUUGUAAGCGGAUGGAUUAUUUGUACAACUGCAUAUAGAACGGUCAACAUAAACCCAGCUUCAAUGGAGUUCGUUUCGAUGAUAAUGUACAUGUGCUGUGUUUUAACUGAAUUAAUCCUGUACUGUUAUUUUGGAAACGAAGUAAAUUUUGAGACCCAACCACAUCUGCUCCACGGGCGGCGCAGGUGGAUGCGUAAUGACGCGGGUAUUGAUACCGUGUUUGAGAUAGAACCCAACGCCACCACCGCGAGAGCGUAUAUUGGCCAGACGUGGGGCAUGGCGCAGGCGAUACCCGGGAGGCGCGGGCGCUCGACCCUCCUGGCCAGCGUGCAACCAGGUCUCGUUGAUAGCCAUGACGUCAACGUUGAAACGUUCCAUGGCCACGAGGAACUCAUCAUGACGCGUACCAAGAGAUCCAGCGUUUAG